AUGUCUCUUAAGCGCAAGGCCUCGGUUCCCAGUCUCACAUCAUCCAAUCCUGCUCCUGUGUUGUCCCGACCAUCAUUUGUGGCAGAUGAUUCUCCCAAGCACCUCCACAGUCGCACCCGCAAGCGCUUCAGGAACGAUCGCCCGGAUGACGAAGUAGUCUAUGAAAACACAAUGCGAUGGCUUUUUACGGCUCAACAACAACAACAACACCAAGCUCCCACUCCUUCCAUAGACGAGGACGAGGCAACUGAGCCAGAACCUGUACCAUCGUCCGAAAUUGUCGACCCUCGCCAACAGACAUUGCUCAAAUUCUUCCGACCUUCCCAAUCCACACCCUCCCACAUCCGCAUGAACAAGCUGGAUCAACAAUCGAACCAUGUCAUACCACUCCAGACAACCACCUUUCAAUCGCCCAACUUCAAUUUGUCCUCGCCAGUUACUUCGACUGGCUGGAGUACAAGUAGCCCACCUUCGCAGCUCACGGGCAGUGAUAUGGACAUGGACUCGAUAACCAACGAGUCAGUCCAAGAACCUCGGAGACCACCCGGAGGGUGUGGUUGGGCAUGA